AUGACCGCUAUUGAUAUCAUCUCAUUGACUGAUCAGAUUAAGCAGGAGGUCUCUUUUGGGCCUUCUACUUCUGGUCAUGGUCAUGCUCGUCUUCUUCAACUUGUUGAUGAGCUGAAGUUGGCUAUUGAAACUCCUACUGAAACCAUUCUUCGCUUGAUCUACCAGCCACCAGAGAAUGCAGCUUUGCGUACUGUGGUAGACCUAGGUAUCUUCCCAAUUCUUGUGAAGGAUCGACAGAAGAACGGUCUCUCUGCAGCAGAUCUUGCUGUAUGCACUGGUGCCGACAAAGGGUUGAUCGUCCGUCUUAUGCGAGUAAUGACGGCUCUUGGCCUGUGUACAAGUACGGAGGCAGAAGUGUACCGGCCCACCGACAAGUCUCUCUCAAUGGCCCAGCCAAUCGGCCAAGACGGUAUUCCCUGCAUCUAUGAUCUUACCGUCCCAACCCUCACCAGACUCCCCGAAUACCUCCGUGAACACAACUACAUCAACCCAGAGGAAUACAGCUCGUCCCCCAUGAAAUGGGCCGUUGGCCAAAGUCAAUUCGAAUGGCUCGCAAAGAACAAGAGACAUCAAGCUCUCUUCAAUUCAUACAUGUCCAGCCGACGCGAAGGCAAGCCCAACUGGUUUGAUGUCUUCCCCUUGGAAAGACUAGUCAACGGCACAGCCCCACACCCCAAUUCAGUAUUCCUUGUGGAUAUUGGCGGUAACCAAGGCCAUGAUCUUGACAGAUUUGUGGCUCAUAAAAUUACCAUACCGGGCCGAGUCAUCUUGCAAGAUUUGCCCAAGAUUGUCUCGACUGUCAACCGGCCGGGGAUUGAGACAAUGGGGUAUAGCUUCUUGGACCCACAACCAAUUAAGGGAGCGCGUGCCUACUACUUCAGAGCAAUCUUCCAUGACUGGCCCGACCGUAUCUGCCAGAAGAUUCUUUUGAACACUGCUUCGGCGAUGGAUCCCACCUAUUCGCGUAUCCUCAUUGUCGAUUUCGUACUUCCUGACAUUAAUGCACCACGCAUGCAAUCUGCCAUGGACAUCCAGAUGAUGAGCAUUGGCGCAGGUGUCGAAAGAUCAAAGCGACAAUGGACCGAGCUUUUGGCCAGUGCUGGGCUGAAAAUCAACGGGAUUUGGAAUACCAGCCCCGAAAUGGAAUCGAUUAUCGAAGCUGUCCCAGACAUAGGUGAAGUGGAAGCUUUUGAAUGA